GUCGCCGGAUCAGAGUUCGUCUUCGGCUAUCUGGCUAAUGAUGAAAACACUGCUGGAAUAGCUUUGGGCACCAUAUUUGCUUUCAGAUUUUCUGAUUAACCUCCUCUACUAUUAUGGCGCUAUGCAAUGGACAGUCCAGAAACUCGGAUGGCUUCUGCAAGUUUCAGUCGGCACUACGGCCGCCGAGUCGAUGAACGCUGCGUCCAACAUCUUUUUAGGACAGACUGAAGCUCCGUUACUUAUCAAGCCGUUUCUUUCUAAAAUGACUAAAUCGGAAAUUCACGCUGUUUUCACUGCAGGAUUUGCCACCAUUGCAGGAUCUGAUUUGGCUGCGUAUACUGGAUUCGGCAUUAGCGCCUCCCAGUUACUCAGCGCAUCCGUCAUGGCCGCUCCCGCUUCUCUGGCCAUAGCCAAAUUGCUUUAUCCUGAAACGGAGAAAUCUCAGACAAAGGCCGGAGAUAUUAAAGUUCCUAAAGGAACCGAAGCCAACGCUUUGGAUGCUGCCGCCCAAGGAGCUGCAAAUGCCGUGCUAAUGGUCGCUCAUGUAAUCGCUAAUUUAAUCGCCUUUUUAGCAUUCAUCGCCUUCCUCAACGGAGUCAUUUCCUGGUACGGAAAUCUCCUGGGAGCGCCUUACAUAACAUUCGAAUGGAUUUUGAGUAAAAUCUUCAUCCCAGUAGCUUUCCUGAUGGGAGUGCCGCCAUCUGAAUGUGAUCUCGUCGCCAAUUUGGUGGCUAUUAAGACGAUCGUUAAUGAGUUUGCCGCUUACGGCAAACUGUCCGAAUACAUUGCACAGGGAGUUAUAUCGAAACGAGCUGAAACCAUCGCUACAUUCGCCUUGUGUGGAUAUGCAAAUCCCGGCUCCAUCGGUGCUCAAAUAGGAACGCUCUCCGCCAUGGCGCCUGAUCGACAAUCUGACUUCGCCAAAGUUGCCUUCCGCGCAUUUAUUGCCGGGAGCAUGGCCAAUUUUAUGAACGCUUGCGUUGCUGGUGCUCUGAUUUCGACCGUCUCUGAGGUGGUGCCCCCAUCGACUACUUAUGCGCCCAACAUGACUACCUUAAUGGGCUCCUAUUUCUAGCCACAUAUCGUAUAUGCUGUACAACACCCCGUGAAGACAAAUUGAAUCCUAUUUUGAACGAGCUAAAACUGGUAUUUUUCGGCUCGUGUCUAAUUAUUAGUAUUUUCUUAGUUGGCAGCCCUGUUGUAUUUACUUUGAUAGCAUAUGUGUGGGCUUUACGCCAAUAAUACAAUAUCCAGUUCACUCGACA